GGAGCCCUUUACAACCGGACCCACCUGGCAGCACCUGAUAAGGCAGAAGCGUUCUUGUCACCGCCUACUCCAGAUCGGAAACGAAGUCGUAGUAUAUGUGGUGGUCAGAUUGGUAUGGAUUCACAGGUCACGACGACGAAAAUGAAUGACGACUCUCGAACGAACGGUAGCAGUCGGAAGAUGUCCACCGGUGGUUUGGUGCCUUCGCUGAAUCGGCUUCGAAUACAGCAAAGCUUCAAAGCGGCCAGACCAACCAUCGGUGAGGCCAUCCUAAAACGUGCCAUAAGCAAUCGUCCUGAAAUGCGUACAUUCAUGAAUCGAUUAAGUGAACAACAGAUCGAUAUCAUGGGUAAACAAUUCUAUUCGCUCAUAGCCGAUUCCGUUGAGCACAUUGAACAUCCCGAAGCGGUUCAGCAACAUGCCAAAGCAUUUGGCGAGUCCUACGCGGCAUUAUGUCAGAUCGGUUUUCGGCCUGACUAUUUUGCUCCUCUGGCCGAUGCUGCAAUUGCAGAAUGUGUCAAACUUGAUGGCGGAGCUCACAAGAGGUGUGAAACGCUUUUGGCAUGGAGCCAACUGAUCAGUGCAAUUUUUACAUCUGUUCGGGACGGGUACUACAGUCGUGUGCGGUACCAGAGGCGGUCUUCAUUACCACAAGGGGUGAUUGCAAAACAGCUAUCCGUCGAUCUUACCAAAAGCAUUGAUCAAGACGCGUAUAUUCGAUGA